AUGUAUAUUUCAAUAAGUGAAGAUUUUCAACAUGUUAUCUUAGCUUGUGUGCUGGCCAUGGCUAUUGGAAUGGCAAUUUUCCUGUCCCUAUUAGGCAAAGGAGAGGGUACAAGAAGAAAAGAGUGCAUUCCAGGGAAGCUUGGAAUUCCGUUUCUUGGAGAGACUUUCUCUUUUCUUGGAGCCACCAACAGCACCAAAGGUUGCUAUGAUUUCGUAAAGCAACGGAGACAACGGUAUGGCCAAUGGUUCAAGACAAGGAUUUUUGGGAAAAUUCAUGUAUUUCUUCCAAGUGUUGAGGCUGCCAAGACAGUGUUUACGAAUGAUUUUGUGUUGUUCAAUAAAGGGUACGUGAAAUCAAUGGGUGAUGCAGUUGGAAAGAAAAGCUUACUGUGUGUUCCUCAAGAGACUCAUGGAAGGAUCAGACGUCUUCUUUCUGAUCCUUUCUCAAUGAAUUCUUUAUCGAAGUUUGUUCAGAAAUUUGACUGCAUGUUGAGUGGAAGGCUGGAGAAAUUAGAAAACAGUGGGAAAAGUUUCAGGGUGCUUCAAUUCAGUAUGAAGGUGGCCUUUGAUGCAAUGUGUGAUAUGCUGAUGAGUGUCACAGAUGGUUCCUUGCUUGAACAACUCGAGAAGGAUGUCACUGCUAUUUCUGAUGCCAUGUUAUCAUUUCCUGUCAUGAUUCCUGGCACAAGAUACUACCAAGGAAUGAAGGCACGCAAAAGGCUAAUGAAAAACUUGAAGGCAAUGAUCACUCGACGAAGGAAUGGAAAAGAAUCUUCAGAGGACUUUCUGCAAUCCAUGUUGGAUCGGGAUUCAUAUCAAUCCAAUGAAAAGCUUGAUGAUGAAGAGAUUUUGGAUAAUCUAUUGACACUAAUAGUUGCUGGACAGAGCACAACUGCAUCUGCCAUAAUGUGGUGUGUCAAGUUCUUGGAUGAGAAUAAAGAAGUUCAAAAUAGGCUUAGGGAGGAACAAUUAUCAAUUAUGAGAAACAAACCAAAAGGAGCCUUGCUUACCCAUGAAGAUCUGAAGAACAUGUCCUAUAGUUCAAAGGUUGUCAAAGAGACACUUAGAAUGUCGAAUGUCUUGUUAUGGUACCCUCGAGUUGCACUUGGUGAUUGCACUAUUGAAGGAUUUGAGAUAAAGAAAGGAUGGCAUGUGAAUAUUGAUGCAACUCAUAUACAUUAUAACCCGGCUAUAUUUAAGGACUCUUUGAGCUUCAAUCCUUCAAGAUUUGAUGAAAUGCAAAAGCCAUACAGUUACAUACCUUUCGGCUCAGGACCUCGAACUUGCUUGGGCAUCAAUAUGGCGAAAUUGACGAUGCUGGUCUUCAUAUCCCGACUAACUAGCGGAUACACGUGGGCUGUUGAUGAUCAGGAUCUUAGCUUGGAAAAGAAAGCACACAUUCCUAGAUUGAGAAGUGGAUGCCCAAUAACCUUAAAGUCCUUGAACAGUGGGAAUAUAUGA